UACAAAGCUUCACGAUAUGAUUGAAAGAAGGUAAAAAAAACGAUCGAAUUCCUUUUCAUUGCCCUAAAAGGGAGAAAGAAAAUAUUGCAGGUUAUUCGACAAUGAAAUCGAUAAAAAAAAACUCUGAAAUUGAAAAGCCGAAGAAUAAAGCUACUGCGAGAACACGACACGCUACCCUGAUACGUUAUGAGAGGCUGCUUGGAACAAUCGAAACUACCGGAGUAUUAAAGAUAACGAUCGCUUUAAUAAAAACACGAAGUACGAGUGUAAUCGACAUGGAAUAAAAUAGUGCGUUGCUACCCUGCAAUCGCUCGUGUUUGUCACUUAUGGUAGUCGCUGGUAACGCUUUUUGCCGUACGGAUGAAUCUUCUCAGUGGAACGCCACAAAUCUUUCUGUGAACACUCGAGUCAGUGCAACUUUUAUAAUAAUCCUUGAGACAUCAUGGACAAGUUCCGCUUUUGGCUGAUCGUGUUGUUUCUACGAUUCGGAGGGAUGACACUCGUGAGUGGAAAAGGAUUGCCGCUGUUUGCUAGAACGCCUGAUCUCGCCGGAAUAACGGGAAAAAUCAUCAGUAAUUGCUAUAGCGAGCGAGUUAAGGAAAUCGGUUUGGCCGGUACAUUUUCCGAUUCGUUUUUCACCACCGUGACGUCAGGCAUUUAUCCAUUCAGUACAGUUUUGUUGAACGACGACACUAAUGAUCGUUCACCACAAAACGGUGAAGUGCCGUUAAUGAUGCGCUACAAAUUACAACUCUUCGCGGUCGCGGUAACGUCAUCUUCCGAGCUCAAAGAGACUCUCGUUCGGAUAAGCAAUUCCAGGUGGUGGAAUCACAUGGCUAAAUUUUAUAUAUUUGACUCGGGAAACAAAGUCCGAUGUUCGGAGGCUUUUGAGGUUUUGUGGACAGCGUGGAAGAUGCAUAUACUCGCAGCGAAAUUUAUUUGCAAUGACGAUAAGAAAGGGCCAUUGAUUUACAUGUUCAAUCCUUACACGAAUAACGCCGGAGAUGAUUGGAAAUUGGAGCGCAUCUACGAUGGUGUUAACAACCAUCCAUGGGCUCUGUUCGUACGAAAAUGUCAUGCAAAUGUCAACAUUUGCCAAAAUGUCGAUUUUGACCAAACGAGGAAUCCCGGUGGAUACGAAUUUCGAGUAACGUCUGGAACCAACUACAUCUUACCGAAUCACACUUCAACUGGCCAAUAUUCUAAGGCCAAGUAUUCCAACUACUUGCUCCACAUGAUAUCUCGGCACAUGAAAGUAACAUUGCAAUUUGUUUUGCACGAGGAGAAUACAACAUUAGGGUUCGUCGAUCAUAAUGGCAAAGGUCACGGUAUGAUACAAGACCUGAUUGAAGGACGAAGCGACAUAUUUUUCUAUGUUGUACCGGUAACAAGCUUCCCAGAAUUACCAGGGUCUUCGUGCGUAUCCGUACAGUUUUACGCAAUGACUCAAUACACCGGUUACCCCUCCCAAUGGGAAAAAUUUAUUUCGGCAAUCGAUCGUCCUUCAAGAAUUGGACUGUACAUCGUGAUCCUCGCGAAUUUCAUUUUUUUCAAGUACGCUUUUCGACAAUCAUUUAUGAUAGCUUUUCUUAACACAAUUCGGAUAAUCUGCAACUCUUGCCUCGUCAAGCUUCCCGGCAAAAUGGGUUUGAGAAUUUAUCUCGCAUGUUUGUUCCUAUUCUUCAUAGUUAUUCAGGCAUUGUACCAGGGUGAACUUGCUGCUCGAUUGACGAACCACGAACGCUAUCCGAACAUAAAUAAUGAACGUGAUUUAUUAGAAUCUUCUUACUUUAUUUAUGUAUCAGAACGAUAUGCCUCUGUUUUCAAUGCAAUCGCUUACAAAGAUCGUUUUGUGCAGCUGGAAAACGCCGAUUCUUGUUUAAAUUACGCUCUACACAACUCAUCGAUCGCUUGCGUCAAUCGGAAAGAACUUUUAAUGAACCCUGCCAUCGAACAUAAGCUUCAUGUAUCGAAAAACCCGAUCGCACAAUUUCAGAUGAAAUUUCCAAUUGGGAAAAACCUACCUUUGGAAGAAAAACUUAAUCGAUUGUUAUUGAAUUACAUGAAAUCCGGCAUUCCCGAUUAUAUCGUGGAAACUUGUUUUACUGACGAAAUGCAUACUUUGGAUGUCAAUGAAAACGGAAUUGACGAUGGAAGUUUCAAAGUCAUAAUGCUCCGGGAUUUGGACUUUGCAUUUUUCAUUAUUCCAUUUGGAUUGACAUGUGCGACCAUAGUUUUUCUCAUUGAGUUGUAUGUAGCACGGAAUCGUCCGUCACGUAAGAGAAAACGAGUCCGUUUAGCAUGGCAUUGAAUCACGAAAUCGUAAUCCAGUUGAGAAGUGUAAGAUUAUUUAGCCUUGUGAGUUCGUUUUGUCGAAAAGCAAUGUAUGAAAAUGUUUGCACCGUAACAAAGCCUUCACGAAAGUAGUACGAAGGAAAAAAGUUCUAUUCAAAUUUAGCAUUCAACAUAGCACAUUAUCUGCUAUGUCUGUAAUUACUGUUACACGUAAUUAGUCGAUAGUUCAAUUUACGAUAUUGUUAUUUGCAAUGAAUUGAAAAGUUGGUAAUCUCGUCCAUUUUGAGAUUAUUCCAAUUAAUAUUUGAAUGAUAACUUUUACAAUAUUCAAAAAUGUGAUAUUACACGGAGAGACUUUUAUAGUAAAAAUUACCGUGUUUUUAUAGUAACGUCGAACC